AUGAGCAACUGGUUGGGGUUUUCUCUGACUCCACACCUGAGGAUUGAUGAAGAAUUUGAGAGACAAAAUGAAGAGCGUGGAAAUGGAGGAUCUUAUCCUCCUUCUGUGAUGCCUUUGCGCUCUGAUGGCUCUCUCUGUGUUGCUGACUCCUUCUCUCGCUCUGCUGCACCUCAUGAAUGGAGAUAUGAGAAUGCAAUGGGAAGUGGAAAUUCAAAUGAAGAAGGUCCAAAGCUUGAAGACUUCUUAGGAUGCUACUCAAAUCCAUCACCACUUGCGGAAACCAAAGCAUUUUGUCAGCAAAACCGAAACCAAAACCAACAAAACAACUUCUCAAAGAUCAAUAUGAAUGUUGAAACAUCAUCGUCACUGUUCCAAUCAUUCAAUCCCUACAAUGAUAGCAGAAGCAACCACAACCAUCAUCAUCAUCAUGCUCUCAUAGCGGGCAACGGGGUUUACAAGUCAUCAUGGUUGGCACAAACUUGUUGCUCGUCUUCAUCUUCAGCGGAGGCAAAUCAAAAUAGUAGUAGUAAUAAUAAUAAUAAUAAUGGUGGGUGCAAUUUCCAAUCUCUGUCACUGACUAUGAGUCCGAGCAGUGUUCAACAACAAGAACAAAAUGGUGGGGUGGUGGUGGUGAGUGGAAUGAACCACCAAGUAGUGCUUCAUAAUCAACAUAAUCAGGUUGAUGAUGACACUCGUAAAAGAUCCAUUGCUAAAUCUCAAGGGAGAGAACCGGUGCCUCGAAAGUCUAUUGACACUUUUGGCCAGAGAACUUCUCAAUACCGUGGUGUUACAAGGCAUAGAUGGACGGGUAGAUAUGAGGCCCAUUUGUGGGAUAAUAGUUGCAGAAAGGAAGGACAAACAAGAAAAGGAAGGCAAGGUGGUUAUGACAAAGAAGAAAAAGCAGCAAGAGCUUAUGACUUAGCUGCACUCAAGUAUUGGGGUCCAACAACUCACAUAAAUUUCCCUUUAAGCACUUAUGAGAAGGAACUUGAAGAGAUGAAGCACAUGAACAGACAAGAAUUUGUCGCCAAUUUGAGAAGGAAGAGCAGUGGAUUUUCAAGAGGGGCAUCUGUGUAUAGAGGCGUGACAAGGCACCAUCAACAUGGAAGGUGGCAAGCUCGUAUAGGAAGGGUUGCAGGCAACAAGGACUUGUAUCUUGGUACAUUUAGUACACAAGAAGAAGCUGCAGAAGCAUAUGAUAUUGCAGCAAUCAAGUUCAGGGGAACAAGUGCCGUGACCAAUUUCGACAUAAGCAGGUAUGACGUGAAGAGGAUUUGCUCGAGUUCAACCCUAAUCGCCGGAGACCUUGCGAAACGGUCUCCUAAAGACUCAGCUCUGGCCACCGCCGAGGACUUCAAUUCAUCCGGUUCGGCCGCCACACCUUCUCAGCCAACUGCACUGGCAAUAACUGAUGGUGAACAACACUCUGAUGAGUUGUCCAACAUGGUGUGGAAUGGCAACAGCGACGAGCAACCGCAGAAUGAGAGCGGAACCAUCAACGGUAAUGUCACCAGUCCAUCGCAGCAGGUUUCGCCAAGCAACAAGAACGAGGCGAACCCGCCGCAAAGCCCCAAUGAAUUUGGGGUCAGUGGAACAGAUUAUGGACAUGGAUAUUUCACUCUGCAUGGACCACCAAAAUAUGAUGAUGGAAACAAUGAAAAUGAACACAGGAUUGGGAAUUUGGGUUUGGUUAAUCAAGUUCCUAUGUUUGCUUUGUGGAAUGAAUGA